AUCAUAUAAUAACCUAAAAGUGCAGACAGAACAUCUGUGAUACCCUUUGAACACACGUGGAUAUUCGAGUAAUUUUGUUAAAUUUUUUAUGAGAUAAUGGCGCAGGGGAAGUUGAAGGUGAAAACGUCGACUCCUGGGGGGAAAAAAAAUAAAGGAGGGAGCAAAAAGGGUUCCCAGGUGCAGAGACGAAACAAUGCUCCCAUAAAACCAAAGAAAGCAAAAUUCGAGGAGACGCACAAGCUCAAACAGAUGAUCACAAGGACAGUGAAUCGAGCGAUGGAGAAUGAACUCCGAGAUAAAGCCUUGGAUGGAAAAAAAUCGUUAACGAAGAAGGAGAGUAAGCCCUCGACGUCCCAAAAGUCUUGAUGAGUGACGGCUCACCGGGGAUUCGACUAUUCGCGGGGCAUGAUUAAUGGAGAAAAUCGAGGCUUUUUUUUUCUGUAAAAAAAAUAGGAGGACACUUCAAUCCUUCCGAGAAGAUCAUUACGUCAGUGGACCUCUAACAAAAGAGUUAAAUCUCUUGAGGGAAUAUUUUUAAAGGAAAAACAGUGAGGGAGCAUUUACGUGAUUGUUCAAGUGGCCUGAGUGCUAAACUUUACGACCCAAUGAUUUGCCAUUUUCUCUUUUUUCCAUCGUACAUUCAACCUCAACAAUAGCAAAACCACAGAGCAGCUAUUUCUGAGAUUGCACCGAGUUCUCACUGGCAACUUUAAGGGUGUUACCCAUAUACAGUAAAAAUUCCAAUUUUUUUAUUUAUCCGCUUUUGCACUCUGUCAUUAUUUAAUUAAUC